AUGGCCACGUCGCCGCCGACAUCAUUCUCUACUAUCAACGACAGAGCCACGCAAAUCUCCUCCUGGCUCGAAGAACUACCCCCGACGCCGCCGGCAGACGAAGAACGCGGGCUGCUGAAGCGCAAGCGUGCCACUUCAGAGCCCACAAGCGUACACCAGUUCACCGCUAUGUCCACACAUCGCAGUGUCAGCCCUAGCAAGCGUCAGCGGCGAGACUCGGACGACUUGCGACCGGAGCAGAGCGUAUCGGCUGUUGGGUCAAAUGCCCGCCCGCUCAUCUUGGGUAGUUCAACCACUUUUAGCCCACCCGGCAGUCGUAACGAGACGUUCCUACCACUGUCUGCAUCUGCGAACCCAGUGAAUUGUUCAGGCGACCAGAUAGCAAAACUUCGAAUACCAGAAAGUGCACCCAACGGCGCCGCUGCACUCGAAUGGUACGUCAAGCUAGCAGCUCCAUAA